AUGAAAUGCCCAAGGGUACUGCUGUUGAUCCUAACUUCGUGGUUGCUUGCUUUCACCCAGCUUGUCUCCUCGGCCUCUAUAUUACCUCCCGAUUUUAAUGCUGAAACAAAAGAAGAUUACCUUUCAAAAGCUGCUAGACAGCUUGACUUGUUUGCAUUAGCUUUAGGCAACAAGUCGCCUAAGCCUCCGGACCAAUUAUCAUCUUCUGAACGAACGCUUAAAGAUGGUGAAAUUCCACAAUAUGUUGUUGAUCACUGUCCUUUGCUACAUCUAUACAGUGAGGAAACCUACUUGCCAGGAGAUAUUGCGGAUUUUGUAAAAAAUGUUGAAAUUCGUAACAGCAAUGGUGAUCUACUAAAAGAAGGACCACUUGAUAUAGAGGUUGACUUUGCGGAAUUUACGGGGAAAAUAAGCCAAGAAGUCUACUUAACGUCACUAAGCGAUUUCGAUAAAGACCCUCCAUGGAUAUUGGGACACCGACCAGACUAUGGUACGGGUUUCAUUGCCAAGGCCCCGGCUAUUCUAAUAGUAGCCGAUAAGGGGAAUGGGUGGGUUGACGCCUUUUGGUUCUACUUUUAUCCCUUUAACCUGGGACCAUUUAUAACAGGUAUCGGCCCCUGGGGAAGUCACCUUGGCGACUGGGAACAUUCACUGGUACGAUUUUUGAAUGGAAAACCACAAUACAUUUGGAUGAGCGCCCAUGGAGGUGGGAGUAGCUAUUUAUACAAUGCGAUAGAAAAGAAGGACCACUGGAAAGUAGUAGAUGGGAAAAUACAAAAGAGUGUUAUAAAACGACCUCUAAUAUUUAGUGCUAGAGGCACUCACGCUAAUUACGCAUCUAUGGGUCAACAUGCCCAUGAUGUUCCCUUUUUUUUUAGUCCGUUAAGUGACUUUACUGAUAGAGGCCCAUUCUGGGACCCCUCGAUGAAUUUCUACGGAUAUACAUAUAACGGCACAGAUGUAACACCCUCUAGUGAUCGCGAGCGUAAACUUGGGACCGAUUGGCUAUACUAUGAAGGUCAUUGGGGCGAUAAACAAUUACCACAUAGUGAUCCAAGACAAUUGUGGUUCUUAAUGCUAUGGAAGUAUAUUGAUGGGCCUUCGGGGCCAUUAAGGAAGAACCUUGGGCGUAGUAUACUUUGUGAGCGAAGCAAAUGGUGGAAUUUCUGGCACGGAUGUUCAAUUCGCCAUACUAUAAAAAGUGGAGAAGGUUUGGAUGCUGAGCGUAACGAUUUGGUUGGAGACAAUUGUGGGGUUGCUUUGUAUAAAGUGCGUCCAAAAUUGCUUCGUUCAUUAUUACGAAUAAUUACAUGGAGAGGAGUGUUCUGUUUUAUAAUGGACUACUAUACAGGGUGA